GCGCUCCGGACAGCUGGGCUCUCUGCCGCAGGUGCAGAGGUGGAGUGGCCCGCCCGCUGCUCGCCGGUGCCGAACGCCAGCGGUAGCGCUGCGCCCGCACUGCUGAGUUCUCGCGACCGCCGAAAUGUCGUGAUCUGCUGCGCUUGAAGAAGUGGAGCAGCGCUGCGCUGCGGCUGUCGGGGUGCGGCGUCGGCCCAUGUGGUCGGAGCUGCACCCUCGCCGCGGCACCGCACGUCACAGGCACCCUCAGACGCCGCACAGCAGGCGUGCCUUGUGCGAGACAGGGCGACUCGGCGGCUGCUGCAGGCGCGGGCUGCCGCUCCAGCCGGCGGCGGUGGCGGCAAAUGCGCGUCCUGCGUCUGCACGGGCCGCCAUCGGCCGGACUGCGCAGCCUUGCAGCUCAGCGAAAGCCCUCAUUCCUGCUUCCCUCAGCGGCUGGUGGGCUGUCUGCUGAGUCGCUGCCUCGGUGCACGUGCGAGCAGCGAUCGGCAGCACGGCACACGAUGCAAGGAAGGGUCGCAGUAGCGCAGGCGACAGCUCGUGCUCUGGCAGCCUCGUUCAUGCGUCUGCGCAGAGCACGCGGUGCGCCUCGCCGGCUGUCCCUGCCGCAGCGGCAGCGUGCGGAUUCGGGCCCUCGUCCCCGCAUCGCAGCGACGCCGUGCGGCGCUGCGGCUGCCGCUGCAAAGCUGGCCUGCGCGGGCGAGCCCGCAGGAUCGAUGGUACCCGCGGCGGCGCAACGUCGCGGCGGCUCAUCAUGCAGCGCUGCCUGCUGGAGCGAGGGCCAAAGCGCGGCGAUGGACGAGCGGAGCAGCCUGGCCUUGCCCGCACCCUAUGCCUGUUUUCAUUUCGCACCCUUGUGCUUCAGGCGAUGACACGGCCAAGGCGCCACGGCGGACGGUGUGGCG